AUGGGGAUAGUUGGAAAGGAAAAUGGCGUCCUAAAACUCGUACGCCCAGGUGGUAUAGUUGAACUAUACAAACACCCCAUAAAAGCAGCUCAAGUCAUGGCAAAACACCCAAGACACUGUGUCACCAGACCUGAUGUCUUCAAGUUUCCAUAUAUCGUGGUUAAGCCUGAAUCAAUUCUGAAACCUGGCAGAGUCUUUUUCAUUGUUCCCUACCACACCAUCCAUCGUUUGCUUCAGUCUAAAGGCUACCGUUUUCGCCCCCACUACCCACCUGAUUAUCAUGAAGGUGUCGACAAACAAGCAUUUGAAGGUGAUCAGUCUAUGGUCGAGCCAAACGUUCAUAGGAGGCUCACUCGACAAUCUUCAGACAAAACCCUUCGUCAGAUGGAGGAGAUCGAUACUUCUUUUUUCCACCAGAUAGUUCCUGUUGAGAAUUUUCAAAACAAGAAACAAGGUAAUCGUGACGUAAAAGUCAUACCCAGAAGACAGGUUGCUAAUAUUUCUCUCGAGGAAAAGGGGGACAACUUCGUUCCCAAAGAAGAAGAGUGUGAUUCUGAUGAAGCUUCCAUUGCUGCCUCGGGUUGUUUCCCUUCACGCAAAAAAGCAGUAGAAUCUAUCAGCGAUAGUUCUAGUAGAAAAGCUACUGCUGCCACCUGUUUGAAGCCAUGCUUAAAAAGGAACCAAAAGAAUAAAGCAAAAGCCCAGAAAGGUCCGAGGGUAAGAUUCACAUUGCCAGAUCAUCAAGAUGAUAAUGAUUAUGAGAUCUGGGAUACCGAGUUUUCUGAGUUCUAA